AUGACUACAGACCGCGUGGCGAUAAUUGGCACUGGCUUGUCGGGCCUGGCUCUAGGUCUCGCGCUGCACAAUCACUCAAUUCCAGUGACGAUCUACGAAUCCCGCCCCAUCUCUCUCGACAUUGGCGGGGCGAUCAUGCUGUCGCCAAACGCUUUGAGAGUCCUCGGCGACUUAGGUGUUUACGAGACAACCAAGGCUCUCGGAUACCAAUUCUCGCUUCUGCACUUCUAUACCGGCAAGCCCCUUGAUGCGUAA